AUGGGAGGCUUCCGAUUCUUGUCGCUGAUUAAGCCCGUCAUGGUGCUGCUGCCGGAGGUGGCGCAGCCGGACCGACGGAUCCCGUUUAAGGAAAAGCUGCUGUGGACCUCGAUUUCCCUCUUCGUUUUCCUGGUGUGCUCACAAAUACCGCUGUACGGAAUCAUGUCCUCCAAGCUGAGCGAUCCCCUCUACUGGAUGCGAGUACUAUACUUACGACUGUUUGAUGUUGCAACAGUGUGUUUGGAGCUAUUUCUCGCGUCGUGCUUUGGUUAGUACCUACGGUGUCUCACGCAAGAGCUGCAACAGCACGUCCACGUGCACGGCGCCGCGCGCGGAGGUGUUGCAGCAGUACCAUAAUAUGUACGCGCGAGAAGCAACGAAAAGGGGAUGGACAAAAUGUCCUCGUCGCACCGAUGUACUGUGGUUUCAAAACGUGAAAAUAAACCCAACUGUAAUAUAGGUACUUAUGGCUUCAAACCGUGGGUCUUUGAUGGAGCUGGGUAUUUCGCCGAUCGUGACUUCCUCUAUGGUGAUGCAGUUGCUCGCGGGUUCAAAAAUUAUUGACGUGGACCAGACCCUCCGCGAGGACCGAAAUUUGUUCAACGGCGCACAGAAAUUGUUCGCUCUGCUGAUCACCUUCGGAGAAGCAACAGCGUACUGAUUUACUACUGUUUUUUUGCCUGCUUCAAAACCAACAAAUGUUAUGUACGUGCUGCUUUAUUAUUAUUUUCCGGUAUGUACAACGGGGCUGCGUCUGCGUUCCACGUGAAAAAUGAAUUCCAAAUAAUCAGAUACGUGCUUUCUGGGAUGUACGGGGAUGUCCGCGAGCUUGGUGGUGGCAACUCCAUUCUGAUCAUCAUCCAGCUUUUCUUCGCCGGCGUCGUGGUGCUUCUGCUGGACGAGCUUUUGCAAAAGGGCUACGGUCUGGGCAGCGGAAUUUCGCUCUUUAUUGCAACCAACAUUUGCGAGGCGAUUGUGUGGAAAACCUUCUCCCCGACAACCAUCAACACCGGAAAGGGAACCGAGUUCGAAGGUAGGGGUUAUGUGGAUAAAUUGGGUUUUCUUUGGCUUGCAGAAAUAAAACAAAGAGUGGCGUGCUACGUCUAUCUUCGAUCAUGCAAGAACGGGGGUUCCUUCCGGGCAUCGUGCUGUUGAUUGAAAAUGUCUUCAGGUAGGAAACGAUUGUUCUCUACAACUAUUACUAUCAGGUGCUAUCGUUGCGCUGUUCCACCUGGUUUUUUCGAGGUCCGACAAAUUCCAGGCAGUCAGGGAAGCCUUCUACCGACAGUCUGCACCAAAUCUGACCAACGUGUUUGCAACCGUUCUGGUCUUCCUGAUUGUCAUUUACUUCCAAGGUAAGCACACGGAAAAUCUUCUUUCUUGAAAAAGAAAUCGAAUGCGGAUGUCGAAAAAUGUGUCAUGCAGACCUCCGAUGGUAUUUUCUCUUUGUGUAGCACCAAAUAAGCGCAUGACAAAUAAAUGCACUAGCCCGUACAACGACCACUACAGGCUUCCGCGUCGAUCUCGCGGUGAAGUACCAGAAGGUGCGCGGACAGCAGGGCAGCUACCCGAUUAAGUUGUUCUACACGUCCAACAUUCCAAUCAUCCUGCAAACCGCUUUGGUCUCCAACCUGUACUUCUUCUCCCAGCUGCUGUACCGCCGAUGGAAGAGCAACAUGCUGGUAUAGUGAAGUGUGCAUGACAUAUCGGAUACUUUGUUGACGGUUUUGAAUCACAAAUAUGCAGCAUUAGACCACACGGAGAUGAAACGGAACAGUCAAAAUUAUGCUCUGCAUGGUAGUGUUCCGCAUGAGAAACCUGUUUUGCUUUACUGUUUGUGCAUGACAAAACAACAGGUCAACCUCCUCGGACAGUGGCAGGACCUGGACUACGGCGGUCAGUCUAUCCCGGUCGGAGGCCUCGCUUACUACAUCUCCCCGCCUAACAGCUUCUCCGACAUCUGGGUACUACAAACUUUUUUUCUGUGCAUGAUCACCAGCCGGUCCGUGCAUGGCAGAUGUACUAUGAGCUUUCCAGUGUAGAAGUUCAUUGCAUGACAAACACGCAAGCACCGCAUUUCUGUUUAGCAUGACAAACGCGCCGCAAGACCAUUUGGCUACUUCCUAUACAUCCUACAAAUUCAUCACCGCCGGUCAAUUACAUAAAAAAACAGGUCGAUCCCAUCCACGCUCUGUUCUACAUCUCCUUCGUGCUGUGCAGUUGCGCUCUGUUCUCUAAGACCUGGAUCGAGAUCUCCGGCAGCAUAUGCAUUGCAAAUAUGUCUGGGUCCGGAACAAGCUUGUGAUGCUAAAGUAUGGAUGAGGCUUGUGCUUUCAAGUACAGCCGAGCAUGACAAAAUUACUUGACACCGUCUGUUGCUAUGUAGCACGCAUCACAAACUGCGUCUUUGCAAAAGUAAACGCUUUUGCUGGCUAGGCAACACAGAUUUGUCACAGGAAUGCUAGACAUGCAACACAAGUUCUUGCACUGUUCCAGACACAGACGUGUUUGCAUUCGAUACAGCAGCCCCCGUGACGUCGCCAAACAGCUCCGCGACCAGCAGCUCUUGUUUAAGGGGUACAGGGAAACCAGUCUUAUCAGCGUGCUGAACCAGGUAAGGAUUUUUUUUCCUGUGGUUGGCGCAUCGGAAUUUUCUAUCUGGGGUAACAUCAGAUGCAAAAACUUUCCUUUUUCAUCUUGUUAUGCCUGUUGCGCUGUAAAUUUACAUGUUCAACAUCACUCCCCACACCGAAAAUUCUAAACAGUACAUCCCGACCGCGGCUGCCUUCGGUGGUAUGUGCAUUGGUAUGCUGACCGUGGUGGCGGACUUCUUGGGCGCGAUUGGCUCCGGGACCGGUAUCCUGCUCGCGGUCACCAUUGUGUACAACUACUUUGAGCUCGUCUACAAGGAAAAGGAACAGGGCAACUUGCUGUUCUAAUCGGAAGAUGAUGUAGUUGGUCAAGACCAGUGCGGAAAUGCGGUAGAUGAAGAAGCUGCAUCAGAGACAAGACAGUACAGGAGCUACUUCUAGACGCGGAAUUUUUUUUUCAAGCGCAAACGCGUCAAAACAGUAAGUAGAUGACACGAGGACAGCUGCACACUACAAUCACAUUCUAUAGGCUAAUAUUGACACUAAUGUAGUAGACACGAGAAAAUGUUGAAAGUUAAGAUUGACACAGGCCGGCUGGCGCGCGGAUGAUUUUUAGCGGUUGGCUAUAGGUUUUCUGCUCUGUAGGCUAGCCUAACAGGGUUAAGCAAGAUACUAUCAUCAUCAUCAGACGUUAAAAAUUGCUCAAUGUAGUAGGACCAAAUCGCUUUUGGUUUUGUAUCAGACCAGUUUUUUAAUGCUAUGUAUCACAACUACUCUAUCGGAGUAGUAGAUGUACUAGAUCGACGAGAGCAACUAUAUGCUAGCUGUGUAUUUAACGAGUUUUUAAUACCUGAUGUUUAUGUUAUGUCUCACCUCCUAGACACAGGUUGAGGCCACGACCCUAGGUCCUAAACGUGACAACUGUAUCACCUCUCCAGAUUCAAUGAGCUUAUUUAAACGACGACAUACGGAUAUGGAUAAAAUGCAGUUACAGGAACGUGCUUGUACUCUUCAUAGCGACCACUUUUCUAGAACAACUCUUGAAUGCACUUUAGCAUAUACAGCGACUCAGAUCUUCUUGAAACCGGCGUAGCUGCCUGGUGGAUAAAGUACCAAGAAUGUGUCGUGGUUUAAAACUUGGUAUAAAAGAACUCGUGGCAAAGAACGAGGAAUUUCAUCCCUUUUUUACGUUUUUAGCAUCCAAAAUCGAAAUCUGAAUCGAACACUUUCAUCGCAGGUUAAUAAGGUUGAGAGAUACAUAACCUACAAUCGAUUUUCGCUUUUCACGUCACGAAAGAUGCUUUUUUGCAAGCUGUAACGUUUCACGCUUAUAAAAACAUCACUCCUUUUGAUGGUCUCAACUUCCCGUGCUCUUUCCUGAAGAAUUUCGCACUCCCUCCCAAGAAAAUUUUAUCGCGCGUCUUCGCUACGAUGGUUGAAAGAAGCAGCUAAGGUCGCGCUUGUGAUGGGUUUUUCUUUCCGUGUGGGGAGGCCAUUUUCAAACAAAGAAACUGAGCGUGCCAUGCAGCGCCUAAAUUAUCGAAAGAAAAUUUACGGAUCAAGAAAGAGGCGCCAUCUGCGAGAGAGCGGUGUCUUGCCG